AGCCCCGCCCCCCGGGGCGACCGGAGCUGUGGGCGCCCAGCGUCCCCAGUCCCCGCGGCGCCGCGGGCUGGUGGGCUCCGCUUCUGUUGCUCUGCCCGGGACAUGACACUCCCCGGUGGCCCGACGGGCAUGGCGCAGCCGGGGGACCCCGGGCACGGCAGCCCUGCGCUGGCUCGGGCCCCGCGGCGAAGCGUCGGGGAGCUGCGCCUGCUCUUCGAGGCUCGGUGCGCUGCGGCGGCGGCGGCGGCGGCAGCUGGGGCCCCUCGGGCUCCCCGGGGCAAGCGGCGCGGGGGACGAGUCCCUAACGGGCUGCCCCACCCGGCCCCUGCCCCGGCCCCAGCCCCUGCCCCGGCCCCAGCCCCGGCCCCGGUCCCGGUGAUGAUCCCCCAGCUAACUGUGACCGCUGAGGAGCCGGACGGGACUCCAUCUAGUCCCGGACCACCGGAGUCAGAGGGCGGCUGGCUCAACACCGCGGGCUCCACGCACCUGCAACAGCCCCGCCGCCUCUCCACGUCGUCGGUCUCCUCUACCGGCUCCUCAUCGCUGCCCGAGGACUCCGAGGAUGAUCUGCUGAGCGACAGCGAGAGCCGGAGCCGAGGCAACGUGCAGCUAGAACAGAGCGAAGAAGUGGGCCAGAAUCUUCCUUCAAAGUUUCCUUCAAAGAGAAACCAUUGGCAAAAGAUCCGAACCAUGGUGAACCUGCCGGUUAUCAGCCCUUUCAAAAAGCGUUACGCCUGGGUGCAGCUGGCGGGGCACACAGGAAGUUUCAAGGCUGCAGGGACAAACGGGAUCAUCCUGAAGCGCUCUUCAGAGCCCGAGCGCAGCUGCUUGGCGCGUCUGAUGGGUGACGCGCUUCGAGGCUGUGUGCCCACCUUCCAUGGCGUAGUGGAGCGCGACGGCGAAAGUUACCUGCAGCUUCAGGACCUGCUGGCCGGCUUCGACGGGCCCUGCGUGCUUGAUUGCAAGAUGGGAGUCAGGACUUAUCUGGAAGAAGAACUGACCAAAGCGCGAGAGAGGCCCAAGCUUCGCAAGGAUAUGUACAAGAAGAUGGUAGCUGUGGACCCCUCCGCCCCGACAGAUGAGGAACACGCGCAGCGCGCGGUUACCAAGCCGCGCUACAUGCAAUGGCGCGAGGGUAUCAGUUCCAGCACCACGCUGGGCUUCCGCAUCGAGGGCAUCAAGAAAGCCGAUGGCUCCUGCAGCACAGAUUUCAAGACGACGCGAAGUCGGGACCAGGUGAUUCGGGUCUUCGCGGAGUUUGUAGAAGAGGAUGCCGAGGUGUUGAGGAAAUACCUGAACCGACUGCAACAGAUCAAAGAAACUCUAGGCGUGUCAGAGUUCUUCCGGAGACACGAGGUCAUCGGCAGCUCCCUUCUCUUCGUGCACGACCAGAGCCGUCGCACAGGCGUGUGGCUCAUCGACUUCGGGAAGACUACGCAGCUGCCUGAUGGCCAGACCCUGGACCACAGGCGGCCCUGGGAAGAAGGCAACCGAGAGGAUGGAUACCUCCUGGGGCUGGACAAUCUCAUCAGCAUCCUGGCGGGCCUGGCUGAGAGAUGAGGCUGGUCCCGUCCCAUCCCAGAAUUCCUCGGGCCGCCCCCCCAUGGACCUUGGGCUGCUGCUGCUGCUGCCCGCUGGUCUUGCAUGCACAGGACUUAAGGAAUCCAGGCUUGCAAUCCCGAGGAUUCCAAGAUAGACCUUGCAGUACUCCCGGCCUCCACUGGGAGGGGGCCUGCAGAUUGACUGACGGUCAGGAGUGUACAUAUGCCAGAGCUGCAGCCCUCCUAAAGAGGAAUGACACUAAUGGGCAGGAAGGAGCAAGAGUUUCUUUCCUCCUCCUUACCCCGUCCAUCCCAGAGCGAGAGGGACUGCCGCCGAUCCCUUGAGUAUGGGGAGAGGGGAGGAAGGGAGCCGAUUUGGGAGUUUCACAACUGAAAUAUUUCUGGCCUUUCAACACUAUAGAGGAGGGGGGAGAGGGUGCGCCUCUCUCCUUCCCUUCCGCCUCCAAUAAAACUCUCUGAUGCAGG